AAGAAAGCCUGAGAUUUGUACCCGCAGGAGUGCGGAGCUGGGAGAGAAUUGAUGACUCCAGCCCAGGAUGACGCAGUGACACAGUUUGCUUCUCGAAUUGCCACAGCCAUAUCAUUACUAGUCAUUGUUAGCUGUUCUUUGCUGUACACUGUUACCAUUGUAGGAAUAGAAACAUUCGCAUCUCAGUACGAGGAGAUGAUACGAACUUUUGAGGAAACGCACCAAAUAACAUACGAUGAUCUCAAAUCGCUGGGAGUCGAGCGAAUACGGAGGGAUGCCUACUACAGCACACCAAGGAAGAGCCAGCUGGAGUACGGUGUGGAGGGGACAUAUGCUCGGCCACACAGGAAAAGGCCAAGCCCCUACGAUAGCCCUCGGAUAUGUGAUUGUAUGGUUAUACAAUGUCCUCGCGGACCCCGAGGGCCUCCGGGCAUCAAUGGCUUGCCAGCAGAAGAUGGUGUCCCAGGAGAGCCGGGACGUCCGGGAAUAGAUGGUAUCCUCUUAGGAGAGGAGAUGAUUUGCCCGCCAUGUCCACAAGGUCCGCGCGGAGAAGAUGGUCCACAGGGUGAACAGGGAGAACAAGGCAAGCCUGGUGUACCAGGAAUCCCAGGCCAAGACGGCACUAACGAACCGGGCCCACCAGGUCCGCCAGGAAAUAGGGGACAAACAGGAAGACCCGGCAAGAAAGGUAUUCCUGGGGAACCGGGUCAGGAUGCAGUGCAGCUGAUCGGCGUUCCUGGUCCCAAAGGAGAACGCGGCCCUCCAGGAUUUCCUGGUGCUCGUGGUGAUCCCGGAACAAAUGGAAUUCCUGCUCCUCCAGGGCCUGAAGGACCUGCUGGGAGUAUAGGCGAUGUUGGAGAUCAAGGCGAUUACGGCUUGAGGGGGCCACCUGGUAGAAGAGGCCCACCAGGUGAAGACGGUGGAUAUUGCCAGUGCCCUCCCCGUGACGGAAGCGGACUCGCCAGCAGGCCGGGAACUCAGAGCUUAUCCCCUACUUGGGAACAGUACCAAAAGCCAAGCAAAUACGUGCGGCCGAUUUCCGAGGAGUCGCCUGCUCCACCUCCGGCACCUCAGUACGGGCGCAAGUCAAGGCCGCAAAGUGCAGAUGAUGAGUUUGCGUAUCGGAGGACCCAUCCGCAGCUCAGCGAUCAGAAAGUCCAGACAUGGCGUUCACCAAAUGCACCAAUGGUGGACUACAGAGACUCAGCCGAAUCCAGUCGUAAAAGAACUGGAGUACGUCGAAUAGCAGACAAGAAGACCGAAAAAGUGAAAAAUGCGAUCGACUUUGAGUUACGUGUGAAGUAACAUUCACAAGCACUUAUGACAUCAUUGAAUAUACGUGUACACGUUGUUCGUAUCAUAAUUUUUUGAUUUAUAGAUUUUGCUAUAUGAAAGAGCUUUCAACGAAAUAUACACAGUUUUUUAUUCCACAAUGAAGUCUUGAAAUUG